CGAGUGCACAGUCGAUAGACCUACUGUCGAUAGGCCACACUAAAUUAUUGUGCAUCAAAAAAGUUGUGUGGAAAAAUAAUUUAAUAAGUCAAGUAAAAAGCGAUCAAACAACGGCGACGCCGAGCACAAUAACUACAACACCCCAAUGGCCUCGCCCUCUCAGCACAGUCCCAUGACAAACAACAGCAACUCAUCUUCACAAAACGGUGGCACAACCGCUGGCACAGCAACUGGUUCAGGUGGCGGUAGUGGAAAGUCAUCCAAUCAUGCAGCCUCAGCCGGAGGUGAAAACACACCAAUGCUGACAAAGCCACGUCUCACGGAAUUGGUUAGGGAAGUAGACACCACCACGCAAUUGGACGAAGACGUAGAGGAACUAUUGCUGCAAAUAAUAGAUGACUUUGUCGAGGACACGGUAAAGUCAACCAGCGCAUUUGCAAAGCACAGAAAGUCGAACAAAAUUGAGGUGCGGGAUGUUCAAUUGCAUUUCGAGCGAAAGUAUAACAUGUGGAUACCUGGAUUCGGUACAGAUGAACUGCGUCCGUACAAACGCGCCGCAGUAACAGAAGCGCAUAAGCAGCGUUUGGCCCUAAUUAGGAAAACGAUUAAAAAGUACUAGGAAAGUAGUGCUUCCUUUUUCGUGGAUUUCGUUGCAUGCUCCUUACAUGCCACCAAUUAUUUUAAGCUCCGAAUUAGUCUAAGAGAAAAGUUGCUCCCGUUCUAUCAUAUAAAAACAAAUAAAGUGCAUUCUUGAUUUAAA